GGCUGAUCGAUGUACAGUACCGGAUCUGGUUCUUGGUGGUGUAAGUGAAUGGUAUAAACAGGUAUACAAUAACAUUGUAGUACUCCAUAAACGACUUGUCGUCUUGCAAAGCUAACACGUCAAGAUGUCCAACGAGGUCAGCGGUAUUCCUCACAGUGAAAAUGACGAAAUGAGAACUAAAAGUCUGUUGACCAGUUAUACGUACAAUGAAGUGGAAGAAAUCGCUACAAGUGUCCUGAACAGAGUGAAAUGCCGACCGACACUAGGGAUGAUUUUAGGCUCCGGGUGCGGCAAACUGGCUGAUGGUGUGGAGGACAAGGAGGUGAUCAGCUACAAGGAUAUUCAGGGCUUCCCCGUCAGCACAGUUCAUGGCCAUGAGGGGAGGCUGGUGUUUGGGAAGCUGAAGGGCAAGUCUGUGGUGAUGAUGCAGGGGCGAGCUCAUUGUUACGAGGGCUAUUCCCCACAAAAGAUCACCCUGCCAGUGCGCACGAUGAAGCUGAUGGGAGUGAAGGUGUUGUUUGUCACCAAUGCGGCAGGUGGUAUCAACGACAAGUUCAGUGUGGGGGACAUUAUGAUCAUCAAGGACCACCUCAACCUGGCUGGAUUCGCUGGCAUCAAUCCUUUGGUUGGGAUGAAUGAUGAAAGGUUUGGUCCCCGCUUCCCAGCACUCUCGGGAGCGUAUGACAAGGAACUUCGGAAGAUUGCGAAGCAGACGGCAGCUGAGAUGGGCAUGACCAAAUUCUUCCAGGAAGGCGUCUACAGCAUGAUGGUAGGACCGUCCUUUGAGACUGUCACAGAGUGCAAGUUCCUCCACCUCAUUGGUGUUGAUGCUACAGGUAUGAGCACCAUCCCCGAGGUGACCGUAGCCCGUCACUGCGACAUGAGGGUGUUUGGUCUCUCCCUCAUCACCAACAAGUGCGUCAUGGAGUUUGAGUCUCAGAGUUUUGCCAACCACGAGGAAGUCCUGGCAACGGGGGAAAUGAGGAGCAAAGAUCUCAAGAGAUUUGUGGAAGAAAUGGUCUCCAAGAUAGAUGUAUAGCAAGACCUGACAUACCAUUGAUUAUACAUACACCUCUCAGCCUGUUUUAGACAUUGUACCUGUUAUAUUACUAAACACUGUAGUAGAUUUUAUCCAAAUCAUGGGUUAUGUCCUCAAAAAUAGUUCCAUGUUUUUGUUUAGGUGGAUCGGUCUAAAUAUGAAUUUACAGUUCCAGUUUCAUUAUCAUUGAAGCUAAAGUAACAAAAUAAUUAAAUGUUUCAUGUAAAUACAUAAGUACAUAGUACUUAAAUAUGUAUUAAUAGUUCAGAAAAGUUUAGUAAUUAUAGGUAUUAUAGGAAUUACAGUCAAAUGGUACUUUUGUAAACUAUUGUACAAUUUUUGGUAAACAUGUGAAGGGUUACACUUAUAUCAUUAUUAUAUCAAUAUUAAGGUCAUUGGAGCCACAAAGAUAUUUAUACCUUUCAUCCUGGUCCGUGUAACUUAUUUUCAAUUUCAAGUCAGACUGUUUCAUUCCCACAAUUUGGACCUUUUCACGGAACUCCAUUUUCCGACUUUUGUUUUCAUGAAAUAGUCCAGUAAUUGAUAGUUGGUUUACUGCCAUAUAUAGUGUAACAGAAGCUAACUGGCAAUUAGGUAGGUAAUAUGUUAUGAGAGCGAGGGUUGUCAUUAUGUGGUGAUGAAUCUGUGUUACAGUUUUAUUCUCAUUGCAAUGUACCAUAUCUGUACUGUCAUUGUACCAAAGGGAGAAAACAUCAAUAUAUGUACUUUGAAUUAGGAGAUAAACCUAGUGUGUUUGAAAAUCAGAGACAUGUUUUACUGAAUUGAUGGCGACUAAAUUUCAAUUGGAACCGAACGCGUAGCAGUGAAUUGCAAAAUCCAUGUAUGGAUAAUUUUUGUUUGUCCAUACAGUGUUUAAAUUCAUAAAUAUCACUAAAAUAAUUAUUCAGUUACACAGAAAAAUUUGUUUUUAGGAUUACCAAAGUAAAGAUGGACAAUAAGGCAACAAUUUCAAUUUUAGUUUUAGAAUUUUAGUUUUCAGUGAAUCAGCUUUGUUCAUAUGUAGCAUUAAAUUUAGAAUUUUUGUGGAUAUUUAGAUACUUUUCAUCUAUACAUGUGCAGAAUGAUUAUAUUAUUUUUAGUCCUGCGCUAUUCUUGAGUCUAUAUAUCAAUGUUAAAAUUUUCAGUCAAUGAUCUCUAAUGAGUAAAAAGUGUCUGCAGAUGUGUUUUUUUAAACAUUUUUUAUCAUUUUCAUGAGGAAUAGAAAUCUCCACAUUAGAAACAGGAGAUUUAUACAUUGUACGUAUAAGAACUUUACUGUUAACUUGGAAACAGCUGACAUAUAUUUAGUAGAUAGGAUAAAUAUUAUAAAUAUACAAUUUACAGUUAUAAUUUUCUAUUUCUACACUUUCUGUCCCUAAACUGUAAUAAAUUCCUACCACCCACUCCGUUCUGUACUGCCAAAGUCUACAAUAAGCUAGUCUAGAUAUUCCUCAGCUUUGCUGGGUUAGUUCUAUUAGCAUUCUAUAUUUUCAGAGACUUGAUCUUGUCGAUAUUCUUUCCAGUAUAAAUUGUUUGUACUUGAUCUCACUGUUACGCGUUAUUUUGAUGCAUAGAAUUUAAAUAUGCCAUUAUGUUCUCAGUUAAAUUCAUCAUGGUUAGAGAGAGUACAAGUUAAGAUCUGUUUUAUUAAAUCUAUGUACUUGUGAUGUUAGUUUUAGUGAUCCUCAUUACUCAUGCAACCAUUAUCAUUAUAGAUUUGUAAAACUGACCAAUGGCAGGCCUCCUUUCAGUGUGGGAUGACACUCUGACCAUUGUCUCAACGCCUCGGGUAUCCUAGGUUACCUCAAAGAAAGGAAAUAUGUUGGGACAAAAAGGUCAUCAUCUUGGUUACCAUUUCAGGAUGUGCUUAUUUUGGGUUUGAAUGCAGUAUUUGCUUUGUUUGUGAUCCUUGGAAUAUCAGCAACAUAUAAUGGUCAUAGCAUAACUCAAAUUCCAAAGUCACUCACAUUUCACUGUUAUUUGAAUGCCAUCUGGAAUUAAUGAUUCUCCUAACAAUGCCAUAGCAGUAAACCAUUUGCAGGUUUAGACAAUUAACUGUCUGGGUUAAAUAUCACAAUGCAAUAAUAGCAACAUACUCUGGAACAGUCAUCGCGCUGGGGUUGAUCUGCAGUAUAAAGAAACCUAGCGAUAAGAUUUGGGCACUGGGAAGGGUCGAAACAGUUUGUCAAUGUACAUACAUAGAUCUGCCUGGUCUGCAGGUUAGACGUGCCUGGUCUGCAGAUUAGACAUGCCUGGUCUGCAGGUUAGACGUGCCUGGUCUGCAGGUUAGACCUACCUGGUCUGAAAAUCUAGUUCCUGGUUAUAGCAUCAGGGAUAACUACCACACGUUAUUGAUGUAAGAAGGGAAUAAAUGGGCAGUCGUCUCACACACUGCAUCCCACUGUGCAGAGUUGCAUCCCUUAGUUAUGGCAGGAUCCAGCAGUCAGAUCUUGGUUCUCCCUUGCACAUUGUUUCCUGGCUUCACCACCAUCAUAUUUAUGGUUUUCACCAAAGUGUUAAAACAUCUUACGUCUCCAUCAAUUCAGACUUUUUUCCCAGAUCAUAUUCUCCCACCAUGACACAUUCCACAGGAGCUACAAAGGUAAUAACAUAUUCAUUAUGGAAUUUAUCGAAUUGUCAUCAUAUUUUCAGCAGAUAUUAAGCUGUUUAUUAUAAUGGUGCGCUUUAUGUAGCUCUAACAUUGUACCAGAUGUACUAUGUAUGUGAAUAUAACCAGCAUUGAACUCAAUACUCAGAAUGUUGUACACUGGCUUGUAUGGCUGUCAGAGAAUUGAACUCGACCUAAACAAGAAAAACAUUGUAUUUCAGUCUGUAUGCUACUUUAUACCAAAAGCAUUAAACAUUAAAGUCCUGAAAAUCUACACUGCCUGUUUGAAUGAAAUAUAUUGCACCUAGUGUUUCACUAGAAUUAAAAUAAAAUGGUAUUUUAUUUUAUUUCUACAGUGUAUAAUGCAUUGCAGAAAUGCACUGAUGUCAUACAGCUGUUACAAUUUUUAAAGUGUGAUAUAGAAAAGGUUGAUUAUGAUAAUUAUGUACACAUAAUUAAUAUUUGCCCUGUGCAGUAAGCAGCUUGUAAAGUAAGAAUUAAUUUAAUUGUUUCAACAACACUUAAACCUCAAUGGUUUUUAAUAAAAAGUUAUCCUCCUUAAAAUUGAUAAAAGAAUUUUCACAUAGCUUUGGUCUUUUUAUUAAAAGUUAUAUUUAGUUUUACAUCAAAAAUAUAAUUACCUUAGCAGCUGUCUCCAUAUUAAGCCUGAAUAGAAAAUGGACAGUCUACUGUUUUAGUAGAUCAGUGUUGAAGAAUACACAUUCAAAAAGACCUCAAAUGGCAACUCAAAUUAGGAAAACAUUGUAUAAAUUGAUGACAUGAAGGUCAUCAAUACUGAUGUGUUUUUAGCUGGGGAACAACGUUGUUAUUUGUUCAGGAAAGACCAAAGCAUUUUAACACUUGUUUUGAAUUGUUAUUGAAAUUUUCAUCAUUUUAACAUCUUUUUCAUAGUAUUCUUUUCCACUACUGUAUUGGCUGCAUGUUUCUUGACAAGGACAUAAAUCAUAUGAAACAGUCUUUUCAGAAAUAUGAUUCUGAAUUUCUGAUUUUAGUUAGUCACUUUGUUCUUCAUUCAGUAUACUACACAAAAGAACAUACCAGGGUACCUUUGUUGUGACAAGUGUUACUCUGUGACGGCUGGUGGGUAUUGCUAUACAGCCUUCUAAAUGUGGCUCUUGCUAUACAGCCUUCUAAAUGUGGCUCUUGCUAUACAGCCUUCUAAAUGUGGCUCUUGCUAUACAGCCUUCUAAAUGUGGCUCUUGCUAUACAGCCUUCUAAAUGUGGCUCUUGCUAUACAGCCUUCUAAAUGUGGCUCUUGCUAUACAGCCUUCUAAAGGCUUCUAAAUGCGGCUCUUGCUAUACAGCCUUCUAAAUGCGGCUCUUGCUAUACAGCCUUCUAAAUGCGGCUCUUGCUAUACAGCCUUCUAAAUGCGGCUCUUGCUAUACAGCCUUCUAAAUGCUGCUCUUGCUAUACAGCCUUCUAAAUGCGGCUCUUGCUAUACAGCCUUCUAAAUGCGGCUCUUGCUAUACAGCCUUCUAAAUGCGGCUCUUGCUAUACAGCCUUCUAAAUGUGGCUCUUGCUAUACAGCCUUCUAAAUGUGGCUCUUCUUUCACUUGUUUUCAGCAUUAUACGUGUAUCUUUUAUCUUUUGCUGUCUGAAUUCUGAAAUACUGGCAAAGACAUAUAAUUUGGACAUUCCAGCCAGCUACAAAGUUAUGUAAGACAUGGAUAUUACAGAAGUGUAUGACUUGGUUCAAUUUCAUACUAGUCAUGGAAGACGUGAAUAAUUAUUUUGUUUCCACCAUUGCUUGAAUCAGCUAUUUCAAACCGUUAAUACUGACCUUUGUCAAACAUGCUGUUCAUGUUAAAGAGAAACAUUUCAAAAUGCUUGUUUUUUUUUCUUUGCCUGGUGGAUGUGUUUGAAUGACUUCUUCUGUGGGAUUAAUCUGUAGAACGCCUUAAUCGUCAUCAUCAAAUCCAGACUGUCUCAUACAUUUAUGUAUUUAUUGUCAACUGGUUCCCUGUACAGAUGUAUUGGUGUUUAGUGAUUAAAUGUUUAAACAAGGAA